AUGGCCUCAGUACCGGAUAACAGACUCCCGUGGAAGAGAGUUGAACCAUCUUCUAUUCUCGACUCUGAAAGCCCUUUUUCGUCAGGCCUCGAAUCUGAAAUAAGCAACAGGAUGGAUAACAAGGCGGCUUCGACAAGUUAUCAGGAAUCCCGGAUUCUCAGUGCGCAAGCAAUCCAAGAGAUUGAGAAUGAAUUGGGAGAUGUCGGACGGGGAGCUGACUUCCCCAUGUCGAGGGCCAGGGGCAGCUCAACGUCGUCUCGAGACAGCGGCAACGGUGUGCCGCCGCCGCCCACCCGUCCACCGCCCGUCCCACAUAUUCCAAACGAGCAUCGACUGGCCACGCGGCGUUCAGAUGUCGGUGGCGGCGGCGGCGACUCCUUGCCCCUGCCAAGGGUCCGGCCAUCCCGGCCUCGUUGUGCGAGCACCCCAAUCACAUCUUCUACUACCCCGGCCGUGCGGUCGCGACAGCGCGAGUCACAAGAGCAGGUCCCGUGUGAAACUGCACGGCCGGUUUCUGGAGGAGGACUGUGUCCCGCUCGUGCACCGUCGACCCCGGCGCCCUCGACAGCGCCCAAGUGUUCAUUGUUUCCGCCCGUCCAGUCCUUCCCCGUCUCGCCGGCAGCACCUAGCUGUAGCUCCUCAUCGACUGCCGAGCCGUCAGCCGUGCUGUCAUAUCGUAGCCGGUGUUUCUCUCCGUUUUGGCUCGACGAGUUCUCCCGGCCGCUCCGUCCCCAAGACCUUGACCCGGAGAGUCCGUAUGGCUACCCUGCACCCCCGGCCUUCCUUCACAACUGGGAAACUCCCAAUCGCGCCUGUGCCAAGGGUGCCGUCAACGCAGCCACCGCCCACCGCGCAGGCAAGAUUGGUCCCCCCGUCGGCUCCCGCCCUCGCCCUAUUCCGGCAGUCGCGGUCGCCUCGACCGCUCCCGUCUACGACCCCGUCCCGCUCCAUUCUUCUUUAGAUUUCCCCUCUGUCCCGACCUUGGUGACGGGCGGCUUCGCCUACUCCUCGAUGAUGAGUCCAUACGAGGCUCAGACUUCGCUGGAUUGGCCGGGCCCUGCAGCCGGCGUCCGCUGCCCCCCUGACAACCCGCGACUAGGCCGGCGAAAUGGGGCGCGAGAAGGGGGAGAAAAAGGAGGGAGAGGAGGACAAGGAGAGUCCGCCCAGGCCCAAGCUUGCCGGUUCCCGCGGCUGGAGCACGAAUUACUGUCGGCCGAGGAGGCCGCCGCGGCGAUCACUGCGGCGGCGGGGGUGCGCAACACCAUCUUUAUCGAUAGGGGAAUCGACCUGGGGGGGACGAACGGGGCUUCGUCUUGCUAUGGGAACGAGGAUGAGGUCGGGAGAGAGAGAAGGGUUAGGGAGGAUGAGAGGAAAGAAAAACAAGGGUCCAUGUAA